GACAACCGACUGAGCAGACAUGCGACCGUGAACAGAAACACCAGACAUUUAUACACAGGGACUAACAAGCAGGGCGGGAGCAACACAGGUGACUGGGAUCAGGGUUAACGAGGCAGAGAGACAGAAGGGGAAACAGAGAGGCUGGAUGGCAGGCAGAUUACUGGAGGUGAGCAGACAUUACACAAGUACUGAACACUGAACAUAUCAAGGAUGCAGAAGAGGUCUCGAACUCUGGCCAAAACCUGGACCAAGAUGAUAUGGGCACCCAUUUUAAGCUCUUUCUAGGCUUGUUGUAUAUUUCAUAAUGGCAUAUUGCAUCUUUGGCCAACAAAUGGGGUGUUCUGGUAUUUUGAAGGAUGUACAGGAGGUCCAUACUUCACAAAACUGCCUGGAGAGACCUAAUACAAUGGCGAGGGAUGAUUUACAUGAGUGGCGUGCACUUCACAAGACAAGAUGAGGAAUACAUACAAAGUCUGCAAACAGAGCAGGAAAGGGACACUCUGGUUCCUGAAGAGACCACUCCUCAAAACAUCUCAUCUGGGUCCUCUGAUACCACUGCUGGCUUCCUGGAUUUGAGUCAUGUCAAAGAAACUACCGAACCAGAUCUGAAAACCUUACUGACAACUCUAGCAUCAAAAGUCUGGAUUGGAGAGACGCCCAGCAGUAAUAUGAUCAAUGUAUGCAGAGAAAACAUAAUGGAUGGUGCCAUGCGAGCCUUUACAAGAAGGAGUUUCAAUCCAGAGGCCAAAUUAAGCGUCAUAUUUAUGGAUGACUUCAUGCAAGCAGAAGGUUCAGUGGAUGAGGGGGGCCCUACACGGGGGUUUUUCCGACUGCUCUCAGAGAUAGCAGCCUAUUUACAGGGCCACAGUAAGAACCUGUCCCUGGACAGCCACGCAUUACACAGAGGUCUCUACAGAACCUAUGGAGUUAUGAUGGCUGUGGCGCUGCUGCAUGGAGGAGUGUUGCCUUCUCUUUCCGGAGAGGCUCUACCAAAACCUCUGCUCUACACCCAUUUAGUUUAUCUAUGUUAGAUGUAUUGGUCCCUAAUAAAAAUAAACCGAGAAAAAAACAAAAAUAAGACGGCUGGUCGUA